AUGAGUCCAUCAGCAAAGAAGAGGCCCCAGAAUGGUGUGGUUUUCAAGAUGCAAGAUGAGAAACCACGUGACAAGAUACAGCAGCCUAUCAGCAAAUUAACUGAGCAGAACCGACUUAGAAUGGUGUUAAAAAACUUGUCACUCUUGAGGAUACUCAAGAAUUCAAACCCUCGGGUCCAAGAACUAUAUGGCCUGGCCAGAAGGUGUUGGAAUUCACUGCUCAAUGUUCAGAAGAUCCUCCUGACCUCCUCCAGGAACAACACUGUGUGCACUAACAUGGGCCAGAACAAUGAAGGACUCCAAGAGGCUAAGUGCUCCAAGAAGAAACUGAAGCCCAAGAACUUAGGGAAGCCUAAGGAGUUGAAGUCCAAGGUGAGGGUGCUGGAGAAGAAAAAGGUCCAGCAGUCACGUGCAGCAGUACCAGAGGGAGGAGAAGAACAGAUGGAGACUGAGAUCCCAAAGACAUCAGGGGGUCAUGGCUUGAUCACUUGCCCUGGAGCCUGGGGGAGGCAACUACCCACUGGAGACCCUGGAGUCAUCUUCCUGAAGCCCCACCAAGGGGACAAGGAGCAGCUGGAGGUAGCUGACCAGUGGAACUGGUUUGAGGGGCUGCCCAGGCGAAUCCACCUCCCAGGACCCCGGGUGAUGUGCAGACCAUCCACCAUGCGCUUAGUCAAGCGCUGCUGUACCCGUUUCUGCUCUGCAUCACUUGAGCUGUCGAUGCACCAUCCAUACAGGACCUCGGAUGGGAGCAGAGGAUGGAAAUCGUACAAUCAUCUUGAAUGGGUGGGUUGGAUGGGAAAAUUCAAGAGUAUACAAAUAA